GGCACGGCCGGCUGCGGAAGAUGGCCGAGUCGCCGGAGGAGGUGGCGGUGCUGGUACAGCGGGUGGUGAAAGACAUCCACAACGCCUUCAAGCGGAACCCCGACAUAGAUGAAAUUGGAUUAAUACCGUGUCCUGAAGCAAGAUACAACCGGAGCCCAAUAGUCCUGGUGGAAAACAAGCUUGGUGUGGAGAGCUGGUGUGUCAAGUUUCUUUUGCCAUAUGUCCACAACAAACUUCUACUCUACAGACAGAGAAAACAAUGGCUGAACAAAGAUGAGCUGAUAGAUACCACGUGUACGCUGUUGCUGCUGAAUCCAGACUUCACCACAGCCUGGAAUGUGAGGAAAGAAUUAAUACUUUCUGGCACUUUAAGUCCACUUAAAGAUUUACAUCUUGGAAAACUGGCGUUAACCAAGUUUCCAAAGAGUCCAGAAACGUGGAUUCAUAGACGAUGGGUGCUGCAGCAGCUAAUUCAGGAAGACUCCUUGCCUGCUCUUGUGAACAAAGGAAACCUGGGAGUAGCACCUGCAGAGAGAAUUCACCAAUUAGUGCAGGAGGAAAUGGGCAUCUGCUCUGAAGCUGCUGGGAGAUACCCAAGCAACUACAAUGCCUGGUCCCAUCGCAUCUGGGUUUUACAGCAUGUGGGAAAGCUGACUACCAAGGUUCUUCUUGAUGAACUUUCUUCCACUAAAUACUGGGUUUCUAUGCACGUCUCAGACCACAGUGGAUUUCAUUAUCGCCAGUUCUUACUCAAGUCCUUGAUAGGCAGAACUGUGAACGAUGAUAAUACACUGGUACAAAAUCAAAUGGGAAACGAGCAAAAUUCUAGUCUUCAAACGGAGGAGAAAUAUGAAGGAGCAGAAGCUGUUUGUGUGGAGGAACAGAGUGUGGAUAUCUCCCACUACUUAGAGGAGGAGUUGGAUUUCUGCACUGAUCUGAUUGACACUUAUCCGGGGCAUGAAACCUUGUGGUGUCAUAGGAGGCGUGUGUUCUACCUUCAGCACCACUUUAUCAACAAACUUCCUCUUCUGAGUGUGGUGGCCUCAUCUGUGGACAGCAGUGAUGAAACUUUGCAUAAUUCACACCCCAAUCCCACGACAAGCCACAUGGCACAAGCUAUGGAUGUUGAUGGUUUGAGUGAAUCCAGCAGCAAACAAGGUUAUACCCAAGAAACAAAACGCCUAAAGCGUGCUCCUAUGCAAGACUCUUUUGGCCCAGAAAUGGAAUACAGGUUUAUAGAUAAAGUUUUAUCAACUUGUAGAGACGUGGACCAAGCCAGGUUUGCUACUGCUUACAGGAAAUGGUUAGUUACUUUUUUAGGUCAGUGAAGGAAGAAUUUAAAGCCCUGAGAGUUCUUUUAGUGCAAUAUUCUUUUUUUCAGAUACAGCUGCAUGUCUUGGUUGCAAGUGUUCACUAACUGUGUGUUUCUCACUCUUUUACUGGUCAGUCCUAAAACUUAAAGAGUACAAGUCUAUCACAUUAUUUAUUAAAGAACAGGCAUAUCUUUUGUUAGCAAAUGCCAUUUGUUGUUCUUCCAUUUUUUUUAAGAAGUCACUGGUUUUCUAUCUAUGUCAGCUUUCUACCAUGCUGUUAUCUUUAUUUUUAAUUUCUGCAUUAAGAUGGACUCUGAAUGGUGUGGCUUUUAAGGAAAAGAAGGGGAAAGAAAAAAGUUGUCUGCUUUUGAAACAGUGUCUGGAAAAAGAAUAAGAGGAUCUGUCAGUGCCAGCUUAGCCUGGUUCCAGGUAGUUUCUCUUUGCUGUACUAGAUCUUUCUCAUACUUUAAAGGAUUCAGACUAUAUUCAGUGACUACUAUUACUUUUGUACUAGCUACCUUUGGUAGAAUGCCAGGCUGCAGAGUGUCUUCCUUAAAGAAGUAACAGCAUUGGAGCCAUGCCUUCCAUUAUUGUGACUAGGUUUUUGUUUCCUUAUAAGUUGUUAAAUGAGUUUGAUAAGAAAGUCUCUGAAGCUGAAAUUCUGAAAAGAAAAAUGAAGUAUUUUCUGUCACAAACAUGCAAACACAGUCAGAGCUAUAUUUGGAAAUAUUUUUCAUAGAGCAGACUUCUUUAACUUCUAAAUGUGUAUUUAUUUAUUUAUUUUACCUCAACAAUUCAGAAUUAAUGACACUUGAUAUGCUUUUCUGAAUGUAUUAUGUACACUACAGAAUCUCAGCCUGCUGUGUCACACACUGAUAACAUACGCUUCACCAACACGGUACAGGCCCUAUAGAUGGUCAGUGAAAAAAUUCUGCUGCCUGGUUAUUGAGACUAUACAGUUCAAAAAAGUACAGCAGGACGGGACUAUCUCUUUGCUUCUGUUCCUCUGCAGGGCUUCUGUGACUUCUUUCUUCACUGCACUUCUCCAACCAUACAACCUCUCUUUAUGUAACUAUAAAUUUUAAGGGGAUUCAAUACACAUUUCUAUUCCAGUGAAAGUAAACGUGAAUGGUUUUUUUUUGUCAUUUCCUUAGGAGUUGUCUUUAUAAGGGACUUCUAAGGGAGAAAGUGUUGUACAGCUUUAGAGGUUUGUACACUGGCAGCAUUACCCCUAUUCCAAACAGAGAAUAUUAACCAAGGGGAUGAAAUUUUCAAGCUAGAGUCUUUGCCAAAAUUGCUAUUUAUUUCUCCUGCCCAAAGUGCCUCCUCACCACAAUGAGUUUCAAGCUGCUGUUUCUGUUGGGCAGAGAGAAAGAACAAGAAAGUGGAAUUAAAAGACACGUAGCCUGCUCAAAAAAUUAUCACUUGAAAAGAAGAAAAGCACUUGAGACAUGUGGAAUUCCAACAGUGCUAAAUAAUUUGGUGGAUAAAGAUUACUCUUGCAUUUCAAAAUGAGAAUUGAUCAUCUCUAGUCUUAGAGAAGUUCAUAAUUCAUUUCAGCCGUGGAGUAGCAAACAGAAGUUUCUCAAUAUAUGCUCUUGUGUUUAUAAUACCUAGAUAAGACUGAUUUAGGCUGAAGGAUCUUCCUGGCAAAGCUUUGUUCUCCACGAGCAAUUACACCUGCCCCUGUACCUAGGUAUUUAUCAUCUAGCUGCUUGGGUUGCAUCUCGGUUGCUGGUUUUGAUUGCAGAAGAACGUAACUGAUGUGUGAAACAGGUGUGGGUAUGGCUUAAGAGGAUUAUUAUGUCACGAGGUGUUUUCUGUGUGAACACUGAAAAAUGAGUAGGUUCAAGUGCAAACUGGAGUCUGAACUGAAGAACUUAACUGGAGCAAAAAUUUACACCCAUCCCAGAGGACACUGUUUUGUGCAUUAAAGGUAUGUUAAGGCAUGUGCAGUAGCCUCAGUCAGCUUGAUUACAGACACCCCAUUAAUGAUUAGUAUGAGCUUGGAAAGCAUGACAUCUGGUGGCAGUCUGUUAAGGACCAUAUUCAUGGUCACUGAGAAGUUAGCGAGUAACUUAAUUGUAUUUUCUUUGUUUACCUUUGCAAAAAUUACGUCUUGGUAAGAAUAAUAAAAGCAAGCAGCAGAAGACUGGGAUGUGGGAGCAGGAUACAAAAUAUUUCUUGAACUGUGGAAGAAAUGCUUUCUUCUUGCUCUUGACUAAUUGAUAUUUUUAAAGGAACUUGCAAGAUUUAUGCUUUCUUAGAGCUAUGUCAUGGAGAUACUGUGCUAUUGAAUUUGACAACCUUUGUGACAUAAACUUAGAUCAAACUUAGUAUCAAACAGGUGCCCUCAAAUGCAUGUGUUCAGUUCCAGUUUUUGUCAGCAGCAGCAAGGUUUGAAUGUUUGCAGUAGUUGCAUUGCGCAUCCCUACUUGGAAAAUGUUCUGAGAAUGGUGAUCAUAGAUGUUGCCGGUAUUUUCAUUACUUGCAUAAAAAACAUCAGUGGCUGUAGUAUGAGGCCAGAGUUAGAAAACCUAUACCUGAUGGAAAUGCUCCCAAAUUUUUUAAUUGAAUGAAUUGCUGCUUUUAGAGGUGUUUUCAGACCAGACUUUCCCGCACAAAGAAUUAAACAAUAAAAAUGAUUUUAAUUGAAACAAGUCAUAUUUUCCAUUUUGAAAGACAUGCAAACUGUAAUCUGAUAUUUCAUUUUUAUUUUGAGUUAUAUUGAAGAAGAAAACAGGUAACUAAAUUAUUUCAGGCUGACAGUGUCCUGAAAUCUCUUACGUGAGGUGACUGAAAAGAUACUUCCAGCAGAUUGUAUUAAACUCAGAAUUGUAGGAUGUUCUAAAACUGUGAUCUUUGGAACAUACUGAUUCAGUAUUAGUUCAGAGUCUGUCUUGGACACGACUUAAAAGAAAGAAGUGUGGUUCAGGACAUUGGUAGUUAACAUAUAUAGAUGUUGCUGAGUACAGAUUAUGUAAAGUGUUUAAUGCACUUUCUGUUUCAGAGGUUAGGAUAUUUUCAUGUAGUCAGCAAACAUUCUCAUGGAGAAAAUGUCCAACAGAAGCUGCAGAAUAUAAAGUGUUGAUUCUCUGUAAGUUCCUUCAGUUAGAAAAUCAAUUGUGUACAGUCUUUAAGCAUCUUCUUACAAAGUUCAGCAUCUUUACUCAUUUUUUUUUCCCACUGUAAUAUGUGCUUUACAUUGAUGCAAAUUCUUUUUGCUCACUGGAUUAACUCUUGUAGAAAUUUUUUUCUGCUAGAAGAAAAGGUUUUGAGGAACAAAUGUAAUUUGAAACUACGGAAAUUAGAAUGGAUGUAAUAAUGGGUUGAAUUCUCUGCUGCUACUACAUUAGCUAUUAUUUUACUGGCUUUUAUUAUCUUGUGCACUGCAAUCACUGGAACAACACAUGCAGCAUUAGACAUAACUUCAGUAAAGCUAUAUGAAGUUAAUGUUAGAACACAUCACUAUAGCUGCUCAGAUUAGUAUUUGUUAAUCUCCUCCUACCUGAUUAUUAGUGUUUUGUUGACUUAUUACACAUUCUUUAUACAGUCAAAUUCUUGUGACAUUUAAAUAUGGAGAAAAGUAAAUUGCUAAUUUAUGCUAUUUAAUUAGCUUGUUUUAAGAUAAAUAAGCAAAGUAACAUAGUAAGGAAGCUUAGAAUCUGUUUUACGAUCAGAAUUUCAGCACUUCCAGUUUGUGCUAGUCCUACUUUAUUAGAAUAUGUAGCUAGAAUCUGUGGGCAGGAGUGAAUUUUUUACUAAGCAUAUAAUUUCUAAACAGUACUGUGUAGUACUGUUGAUGAGCAGAAAUGAAGGGUAUUAGAGAGCUUGUCUGCCUAGGCAGACUCCGCAAGCAUUCUUCAGAAUGGCAAAUACUACAAUGCAUAAAAUGUGACUACUACAGAAUAAUGUAAGCAGUGAGUCUUCAGAGACAUGAUGAUUGAAUUUUUGUACAAGAUUCUGAGGGUUUUUUUGCUGUCUUGCCUUCUGUGAGGGAAUAAUGUUCUUUGGGGUUGGGGGUUUGUAUCCAAUGGGAAGCAAGUCUUUGCACUGUAGUGUGGGGAUUUAAAAAAAAAAAACAAUUGUUGGGCAGUUUUGGAAAACAAGCAGUGAAGUGGAAUGUAGAUGUGAUUUUUUUUAUAUGUUUGUCUUGUUCUGGGGAUAAAAGUUCUUCACUGUUAGAACUUUUUUUUUUAAUGUUGUAUCAAGGAAAGAAGAUAAAUCACCUGUUCUUAAAUGCACUUAAUGGUCAAGUUAGCUUCACAGGAAAGUCAGUGUCCCUGGCUAUGAUGAUUUUUCUUCGUUUUUCCCAUGUGUUCAGAGUGUGCUUCCUCCCAAACUUUUUGUCUGUUCUUCCAACCAGCAAAAGAAGAAUGUAGCAAAGGAGUAGUGAGGUGGCCUCAUUUCAUGUUUAGAUAACUCCUACCUCCCGAAAGGUUCUUCCUGUUAUUGCCCGUAUGGGGAGUUUGUCAUGCUCAGCUUUUUUUGAAGCCUCAUGCUGGGCCUAGAUCUUUCAGUGGUGGAAAGCAAGAGCUUUACCUACAGAGCCAUCUAGUUUCCUGGAAGAGUUUAAAGCAGGACAGAAGACAAGGAAAAAAAAAAAAAAAAAGUUUAAAAAAAAAAAAAGCUUCAAGCUGUUGUUGUUGGGAAAACUGCCAUAAACUUUUGUUGAUCUUUUCCUCUGAAAAAGCAGUGUGUUACUACAAAAUGGGGGAAAUGUGUGCUUCCAAGAAAUUCCCUGUAGACAAUUGAUGUUUCUGAAGUAUAAACCUAACCCUUUUAGUGGCGUUUAUUUAGUGCGUAACGUUCCUUCUCAGGGCAUAGUCAAUCAUAGUGAAUUAGGGUACAAUUUUAGAGUUUAUAAUUAUUGAUUUAAAAAGAAAACAUAAUUGCUAAACAUGUAAUAACUGACUUAACAUUUUUUGUCUAGCAUAGUGUUUUAUGUCUACCACACGCUAAUACUGUACCUUAGCAUCUCAUCUGCAUUAUUUUUUAUUCUGUAUCUUAAAUUACUGUUGCAGUCUUGCAGGCAGUUGCUGGGUUUCUCUAUGCUUCCUAGUACGAUUCAGUAAGCUACUCAGUAUCUCACAAGAGCAUAGUUGAAAUAACGGGGAUGCUUUUUACUCCUGUC